AUGAUAAAUCCAGCCAUAGGUUCUGGGACAGGUGUAGGGGCAAGUGUUGAGGCUGGUACAGGGGCUGCUGCUGCAACUGUUGGAACAAGUGCAGGGCCUGCUGCUGCAAUUGUUGGAACAAGUGCAAGGAUUGCUGGAGCAAACACAGAUGGAAUGAUUGGUCUAGGAGCUGGUGCAACCAAUGUUUCAAGUAGGAGAGGUCAGUUGGCUAUGAGGAGGAACAAAAUGAAUGCACCAACCACAACACAAGUCUCACAUUCUACAGGAGGAGUUCAGUGA